CGUCCCGGGGACACGGCCCGCACACCCAGCCGCACUGCCGCCACCGCCUGCACCGCGGCCGCCGCCAAUGAAACUCCUCCCGCUCCUAGUGGGUUUUUCCACUUUGCUGAAUUGUUCCUACACUCAGAACUGCACCAAGACACCUUGUCUUCCAAAUGCAAAAUGUGAAAUACGAAAUGGAAUUGAAGCCUGUUACUGCAACAUGGGAUUUUCAGGAAAUGGUGUCACAAUUUGUGAAGAUGAUAAUGAGUGUGGAAAUUUGACCCAGUCCUGUGGUGAAAAUGCCAACUGCACUAACACAGAGGGAAGUUACUACUGUAUGUGUGCACCUGGUUUCAGAUCCAGCAGUAACCAGGACAGGUUUAUCACAAAUGACGGAACCCUCUGCAUAGAUAUAGAUGAGUGCAGUGGACCAGCUGCCUGUGGUGAUCAUGCGGUAUGUGAAAACGUGGACGGUGGGUAUAAUUGCUCCUGCAAGGAAGGUUAUCAGACAUCCACAGGAAAAUCUCAGUUCACGCCUAAUGAUGGCACUUACUGCCAAGAAAAUGUGAGUGCAGACUGCCAUCUAGAUAAUGCCUGUAUUGCUGCAAAUAUUGAUAAGAUGUUAACAAAAAUUAGACACAUAAAAGAACCUGUGGCUCUACUACAAGAAGUCUAUAGAAAUUCUGUGAAAGAUCUUUCACCAAUGGAUAUAAUUACAUAUAUAGAAAUAUUAGCUGAAUCAUCCCCAUUACUGGGUGACAUGAAUAGCACUAAUUCAACCAAGGACACUCCUUCUAAUUCAACUCUUACUGAAUUUGUAAAAACUGUGAAUAAUUUUGUUCAAAAGGACACAUUUAUCGUUUGGGACAAGUUACCUACGAAUCGUAGAAGAACUCAUCUUACAAAACUGAUGCAUGCUACUGAACAGGCUACCUUAAGGAUAGCUCAGAACUUCCAAAAGACCACUCAGUUCAAUACUAAUUCAAGUGAUAUAGCUCUCAAAGCUUUCUGUUUUGAUUCAAAUCACAUGAAAUAUAUUCAUCCCCAUAUGAAUGUGGAUGGAGAUUAUAUAAAGAUAUUUCCAAAGAGAAAAGCUGCAUAUGAUUCAUAUGGCAAUGUUGCAGUUACAUUUUUAUAUUAUAAGAGUAUCGGUCCCUUGUUUUCAUCAUCUGACAACUUCUUAUUGGAACCUCAAAGUUAUGAUAAUUCUGAAGAGGAAGAAAGAGUUGUUUCUUCAGUGAUUUCAGUCUCUAUUAGCUCGAACCCACCCACACUGUAUGAACUUGAAAAAAUAACAUUUACAUUAAGUCACAUAAAGACCACAGAUAAGUAUAGGAGUCAGUGUGCAUUUUGGAACUACUCACCUGACACCAUGAAUGGCAGCUGGUCUUCAGUGGGUUGUGAGCUGACAUACUCAAAUGAGACCCAUACCUCAUGCCGCUGUAACCACCUGACACAUUUUGCAAUUUUGAUGUCUUCUGGUCCUUCCAUUGGUAUUAAAGAUUAUAAUAUUCUUACAAGGAUCACUCAACUAGGAAUAAUUAUUUCACUGAUUUGCCUUGCCAUAUGCAUUUUUACCUUCUGGUUCUUCAGUGAAAUUCAAAGCACCAGAACGACAAUUCACAAAAAUCUCUGCUGUAACCUAUUCCUUGCUGAACUUGUUUUUCUGGUUGGGAUCAAUACAAAUACUAAUAAGCUCUUCUGUUCAAUCAUUGCUGGGCUGCUGCAUUAUUUCUUUUUAGCUGCCUUUGCAUGGAUGUGCAUUGAAGGCAUACACCUCUAUCUCAUUGUUGUGGGUGUCAUCUACAACAAGGGAUUUUUGCACAAGAAUUUUUAUAUCUUUGGCUAUCUCAGCCCAGCUGUGGUAGUUGGAUUUUCAGCAUCACUAGGAUAUAGAUAUUAUGGCACCACUAAAGUAUGUUGGCUUAGCACAGAAAACAACUUUAUUUGGAGUUUUAUAGGACCAGCAUGUCUAAUCAUUCUUGUUAAUCUCUUGGCUUUUGGAUUUAUCAUAUACAAAGUUUUUCGUCACACUGCAGGGUUGAAACCAGAAGUUAGUUGCUAUGAGAACAUAAGGUCUUGUGCCAGAGGAGCCCUUGCUCUCCUGUUCCUUCUCGGCACCACCUGGAUCUUCGGGGUUCUCCAUGUCGUGCACGCAUCAGUGGUAACAGCUUACCUCUUCACCGUCAGCAAUGCUUUCCAGGGGAUGUUCAUCUUCUUAUUCCUGUGUGUCUUAUCUAGAAAAAUCCAAGAAGAAUAUUAUAGAUUGUUCAAAAAUGUCCCUUGUUGUUUUGGAUGUUUAAGGUAAAAAUAGAGAACUGUGGAUAAUUUUUGCUCUACAUAAGAAAACCAAGCUGUGGAUGGCCAAUGUAUAAAAAUGACUUGAAUCAAUGAUCUAAUUAUUAAUUACUAGAUAAGUAUUUUAAAUCCAUUUUUCUGUUUACAGUGUAGAAACUGUAGAUAAGAUACCAUAAUUAUGUACCAUAUAGCUAUAGUUUGCUUUCCCACAUGACAUAGUUAGUUAUGUCAAAAUAGUAUUGCAAAUAUUUGAAAAGUAAUUGGUUUCUCAGGAGUGAUAUCACUGCGCCCAAGGAAAGACUUUCUUUCUAACACAAGAAAUAUAUGAAUGUCCUGAAGGAAACCACUGGAUUGAUAUUUUUGUGACUCAUGUUGCCUUUGAAACUAGUCCCCUAUCACCUUAGUAAUGAGCUCUGUUACAGAAAGUGGAAUAUGAGAGAAUGAAGGGGCAGAAUGUAAAGCAGUAAAAAGGAAAUGGCUAUUAUAACAAUGAGAUGUAUUUUGAGUAAACUUGUUUUUUUGUAAACUAAAUGAGAAAUUAUAGCUGAAAUAAUUGAAUAAACACUUCUUACCAUUGCAUGAAUUUUUCUGAACUUAAAUUUAUACUAAAACAACUUAGACCUUUUCUGUAUUUAUUUUCUUUCCUAAUAUUCAAAAAAAACCCACAAAACUUUACAAAUGAAAAGUCAGGCAAUUAUGUUCUGGUUUUUGGGUUAACAUCAUAAGGAGGUAUGUGCUGUUUCCAUACUAAUUUCAUAGAUUAUAACUUCAAAUCUUUAAUCAGAAAUACAUAAAUGUGUCAAACUAUAAUAUUUUUCAUGGCUGUAAAUGUAAAAAUUGUGUAUAUAAAAAUUGAAGUAUUCUCUUCUAUAACCUUUCAGUGUAGUGAGUAAUAUUGGAUCUCAUUAGGCUAGUAUAUUUGAGUUCUUUAUUUCUUUUAAUUUUGGAAAUAUUAUAGUUCACAUGACAAUAUUCCCUUUUAACUUACUAUUUUUAAAAGGGCAUUGUAAAUAUGAAAGUAUUCAGAAAGUGAAUUGCCAUUUUUUUCUGUUCAGAAAAGUACACAUUUAAAAAUGUUAUUUAUAACAAAGGAAUCACUGAGAACUGUAGAAAUGUUCACAGUGGAUAUAUUUUCUGACAGUUUUCUACUAUCUAUUAAAGCAUAUCUGCUUAAAUGUAUGGUUUCUAUCUAUCCUCAAAUCUUCUCAUUAAAAUGUGGAAGCAGGGAUUUUAUUUCAAAAAUAUGUAAUUGUCUGCACCUGCCUGUAGAAGUAUGCCAACACACUAAAUGUUGUGAUUUUAAUUUCUCCAGCUUUUAAAAUGAAGUCUGUCAAAACUUGCUCUAACAAAUAAAAUGUUAUCUAAAUGAAUACA